AUGGUCGCAUGGCAGUCCUUUGCGGGCCCUGCCUCCGUGCUGUGCGCCGUGAUGGACGGCCAUGGCCGCUUCGGUCACACAGUGUCGGCACGCGUGAGGGACUCCGUCCCCUCUCAGCUCUCGCAGCGCCUCUUCCCGCACGCCAAUGGUGCUGAUGCCUCAUCGUCGUAUGAUGCUCUCGCCGCAUCGUUGCGUGGUGAUGACGGAUCAGUGGGGGGCGCUGCACACGUGGCGGAGCAGCAGUGGAGGGAGGCCGUGCGCGGCGCGUUUGAGGCCGUUGAUCGUGAGGUGAAGCUGCAUCCGGCCGUUGAUCCGCUCGUCAGUGGCAGCACAGCGGUGGUGGCGAUGGUUCAACACAACCAUCUCUUUCUGGCCAACCUCGGGGAUUCCCGUGCCGUGCUCGCCAGACGAGCACACUCAACUGUUUCCUGCGAUGCCACCUCAGCUGCUGACACGGCUCCCUGUCAUGCUGGACCCACCGCAACCAGUCCGAACCACCACCAACCGGAUCAACCCCAACCACCUCCCGCCAGCUGUCACGCUCUCGAGGCCGUCGCCCUGACUGCCGACCACAAGUGCUCCGAUCCAACAGAGGCCGCCCGGAUCAGGAAAGCGGGCGGCAGAGUGGAGGCGCUAGAAGACGAGAAGCACGUGAUGAGGAUCUGGCUGCCCAAUGAGAUGGCCCCGGGGCUGGUCACGUCCCGGGCGGUGGGCGAUUUCCUGCUGAAAGGAUUCGGAGUGAUCAGCGAGCCUGAUGUUACCGUGUUACCAGUGGACGAUGGAGACGAAUUCGUCAUCCUGGCGACCGACGGGGUGUGGGACGUGCUCUCUCACGAGGAGGCUGUCUCUAUCGUUGCCACGUCACCAUCCCCUGCCACGUCAGCAGAGCGCCUGGUGACCUCAGCGCAGGAGGCCUGGGCGGCCAAGUAUCCCAAGGCCCGGCGAGACGACUGCACAGCUGUGGUGCUCUUCCUCCGAACCUCCCUGCCGAACCUGAUCCCAGACCUGCCAUGCCCUGGCCGGGGAGAAGCCGGCUCGGGAGAACCUGCCGGAGCCGGAGAGUGCUUCACAGAGCGGCACGGAGAUGCAGUGUUCACAGAUGAAGGGCUCAGAUUCCACCGGAAUGACACCGUUGGUGACCUGGCGGCGCUUGAUUGGCAGGACGAGCAGGUGCUGGCGAAGCGGACUCUGAGGCGAUGCCAUGAGGGUGAAGUGGAGGGGGAGAAGAAGAAUGACAAACAGCUGAAACGGGGCUUGAGGAGGGAUGAAUGA